AUGACGCACAAGCAGGAGGAGCGCAGAGACCUGGAGGCGGCACGCGCGGAGGCGGAGAGGAGGAUGAUCGGGAGCGCGCUCGAGAGAGAGGGAGGCGGCUGUGGUGCAACGGAUAGCAAUAACAAGUCAAUGAUCAGAAUCAGCAGGGCAAGAUGUAUGCCUAUCUACCAUUGCCAGGAUUCAUCCGCGCAGAUGCUCAACGGCCAGAAUCCGUCAGGCGAGACGGAAGUUGGCCAGUUUCAGGCAGCGCUUGCGGAUUCCGGACAGGCUGAGUUCUAUGCGGCGGGCUUCACUACCGAGAACCUCGAGCUCCUCUCCCGGUUUUACGAAAAGUACCCUGAGUAUGCAGAACGUUAG